UUAUGUACACAGCUAUAGGAAAGUUUACAUUUUUUUCACAAGUUGCUUAGGUGGAUCUAUCAAAAGUAUGUUGUUGAAUAAAGAUCUAUACGCUUGUAAUUAGUCUUUUCAAUUUCGUGACUGUGACAUGUUUCGAUUCUUUUCUGCUGAAUUACCGAUGUUGCAUACAUAUCAUGCAUUCCAACUGUUCGACGAAAUGCCUGUAAGAGGUUUGAUCAAGCCCGUGUAAGACACGUGUUGCUUUUAGGUUAAAGUAUACCCAAAUCCAACUUCGAAAUGUCUUUUUCUCUCUCUCUGUAGCAACAGUUAGAGAGCUGCAUUUUGAUUGUCGAUGUCAAACAUGAAACGUUUCAAUUGGGAAAUAGUCAAAUAGCGAUCGAUCUAUAAGAAGAAUCACGAUGCUACGUGUAGCAACCAGACUCUCAAGACGCGCACUAUCUUCAGCCGAAUGUCGUUCAUCAUUUUUCACCAUUUCUGUGGGAAGAGAGUCGGGAAUAAAGCAUUCCAUUCCAGGGGACUUUCACAAAGGGGUUUCAAUUCCCACCCACAGCUUUUCAAGCUUUGCCUCUGGCUUCACUCCAUUGAAGCACAAGCCAUUGGAAUCCCUCAUUGAUGUUGAAAGAGCAAAGCUUCAAACUCCAGAGGAUCUAGCUUCAAUUUGGGAUGAUUUUCACAUUGGAAGAGGUCAUAUUAGUGCAUCAAUGAAGACAAAGUUGUAUAAAUUGCUUGAACACAGAGCUGCUGAUUGCCGAUAUUUUGUGAUUCCAGUGUGGAAAGGAAGCGGUUAUACAACGAUGUUUAUGCAAGUACAAAUGCCACAUAUUAUUUUUACUGGACUUGAAGAUUACAAAGCAAGAGGAACUCAAGCUUCUCCUUACUUCACUAUUUCUCAUUACAAAGAGUUUUGUGAAACAAAGGAUUUAGUUCUUAUUAGAGGUGAUGUUGUCUUUACAAGCAAAUUAACCGAUUCAGAGGCAAAAUGGCUUUUGGAAACUGCACAAUCUUUUUAUUUAAAUGACACGAGGUACAAAUUGGUUGAACGUUUUAACAAAAACACAAGUGAGUUUGAGUUUAAAGAUGUUUUACGAGCUCUAGACAUGCCUAUGAUGUAAUUUGUUUUGAAUUGUUAUUUUAUAGGAAUGACAAUAAGUUGAUGUUUGUUGUUUUGACUUAA